UAGCUGUUGAAUCCCAUGUAUUUAACAGUGCCGUUACAAAGGCUGAGGAACAGCAACACAACACGGACGGAGGUAAACAAGUGGAGUUCCACGCGGUGCUCACGCGGUGUCUGUCUCACCUUCCAGCUUGUUGUUUUUGUAGAUAUGGUAGUAAUUGCUGAGUCUGAUGGUGAAGAGAUGGAGUUCUCAGACAUUGAUGAGAUGGAGGAAGCUGAGGAGGACUCAGAUGUAGAGCUGCAGAGAAAGUUUGAGCGUGGGGAACUGAAGCCAGGCCUGUACCAAGAGGCUGAGAAGGUGGUGAAGGAACACAAGAACAACGUGAGUGGCUUGAAAUCUAAAUUAGAGCAGUUUCGAUUGAAAUUACCUUGGAUAGAGCGCCUGGACUUUACCUUAGAGGCAGCCCCCAUUGCCCCAGAGCUGAAUGCAGAGAUCUUGGAGCAUGGCCAGACAAGAGAGAAGCGCAUGAAGAGCCAGAACAAGUACUUCACCCUAGAGGAUGAUCCUGUUCACAAUGACUUUGUGAGGGAAAUGUCCUUCUACAGGCAAGCUCAGGCUACAGUCUUAGAGGGCUAUAAGAAGUUGGAGGAACUGAACCUUCCCACAGUACGGCCCACAGACUACUUUGCUGAAAUGGCUAAGAGCGAUGAACACAUGCAGAAGGUGCGAAAGAGACUCAUGCAGAAGCAGGUUGGACAACAAAUCAGUGAACGGGUGAAGAAGAUAAGAGAGAUAAAGAAGUAUGGCAAGAAGGUACAGAUUGAAGUGGAACAGCAGAAACACAAAGAGAAACGAGAGAUGCUUGAAAAAAUUAAGAAGUUCAGAAAGGGCAAGACAGAUUCCAUAGACUUCCUAGAGGGAGGACGUUCCUUACGUGGUGAUGCGGGAGGCAACCGCUCCAAGAAGGAUCUCAAGAAGGCAGCAUUUAAACGAACCUUCAAAGACAAAAAGUAUGGAUUUGGAGGAAAGAAGAAGAACAAUAAGAGAAAUAAUGCCAAGGAUCCCAAGGAUGACAGAGCUCUGCCUAACAUGAGGAAGCCAAGGGGUGGCAGGGGUGGCAAUAAGAAGGGGCCGAUGGGUGCCAAAGUGAAGGGGAUGAGGGGCAAAGGAGGAAAGAAAGGCGGACCCAGGGGUAAGGUCAAUAAAAAUAAGGGUAGAUCACGAAAAUGAGAGUAAAUUCUGUAUUUGUACAUUCAUACACCAUAAGCUUAGAAGUUAAAGUUGAUUUACUUUUGACAAUAAACACAUUACUUCUACUUGUACUUUUACUAGUAACAUAUAAAACAAAUAUAUUGGAAACUUAGAAGAUGCUGAUAUAAAUCCUAGCAGACCAUGGUUCCAGCAGACAGACCAGCCUUCUCGAGAAGCUCCCUGCUGUCUUGGUGCUGUGAGAGGCCAGCUGCCAGUGUGUUCCUGUUUUGAGGAUAUCAGAUAUAUGUAAUUUUCAGAUUGCUGAAGGAAUUUAUUUAUUAAAGGAUUUUUGAUUUAUUAAAAAUUAUGCAAAAAUAAUUUUCAUAUUACAUGAUUUAUGAUCUAACAGUGCAGUAAUAAAUAUUGUUAAUAAUGAACGUUUCCUUCAUAGAUGAAAGAACAUCAGUGUCAAUAAGGAGAAAAACUAGUUUGAGAUGCUAUUCAAGUAUAUAUUAAUUAUCAGAUUAUUGGAAAUAAAGUUCAGCAGUCUAUUCUCUACUCACGAGGGAGAUGACUGUGAUGGAUCUCACAUUAUGAAAGAUGAAGUGAUGAUAAGAAGAGGUAAAGGGAUACAUACCUCUUGAAAAGGACUGUGGUGCCUUGAAAUCCAAAUUUAAUUUGUUUCAGGCGGCAGUUCAGAUUGUGAGAAUUUCAGGUUUUGAAACUAUUUUCCCCAUAAGAAAUUAUGGAAAGUGAAUAAAUCUGUAAUGGUUCCCAGUGGUUGUCUUGUUAGUAUUGUGUGAUGUUUUUUGUUUUAGGAUUGUUUUUAGGCAGUUUAUUGUUCUUGCAUUAUUUUUUUUCCUUGUUCAUUGUUUUAAAGUUUUAGGUUUUCAAAAUUGGGGUGUGUCCAUAAUCGUGAAGUGCCUUUACGUUGGUGUUGUUUUUAAGAAUGUGUUAGUUUUAGGACAAAUUUUCUUGAAAAAGCAUUUCAAAUUCCAAUUUUUUUUGAACAAAAGGGCAUUUGGAUUCUGGGAUCACCACUGUAAUUGUGGCAUUAAUUAAAGUUGAACUUUCAAGUACUCACGUUAAUAGUUGGGCUGCCACAGAACCCAACCAGCCAUGAGUGUUGGUAAGGGAACGACUGGCACGACACACUCCAGCAUGGCCUUCCUCUCCAGACACCCGCCCAUCACCCGUGUCAACGAGCCACAACUGAUAUGGAUGUAUGAUUUUCUCAGUGCCACUUUUGAAUUACUUAUAGGUGCACUGAAUUUGGACAAAUGUAUUACUAUCACAGUGAAGAGUUGCUGGAAAGAGUCCAUCACCACUGCAGCUAGGGCUUUGCUUGAAGAGUUUUGUGUAUGGAUGUAUAGUGAAUAACUUCCCAGAGAAAUGGUGAGACUCAGUAAUGCUGUAUAGCACUGUGAUGACAAAUACUUCAUAAUGGAAUUUUAACACAGGAUAUCACUAUCAUUUGUAUUCUCUUUUGAAACUGACUCAGUUUAUUCAAAAUAAAACUUAAUUUGA